AUGGACCGCCCGCCUGCACCUCUUCAGGUAUCCGGUCGAUUAAUUGGGGGCCCACCCUACGGACGCGCGGGCGCGCCCGUCAGCUUCGACCCAUCCGCUGCCGUUCCUGGCCCGUUAACAACCGCCAAGGCCCCGCAUGCCAAGGACUACGGGUCUUGUUUUUCUGAAGGCUUCCUACAAUUCCUCAAAAGCGGCGAGCUUGCCGACGUGGUAGUUGAUGUCGUUGCGGACGACACAACUGUUAUCGCUGCCACCUCUUCUUGUCCGACAAGCUGCUCCACGCCAGUCCUCGCCGCAUCUACCUCCCUCCCACCACCGGCUUCGGCACUCCCCACUGCCUUCCCCACGUCUCUCUCCUCUUCUCUCUCCUCCUUAGCUUCCUCUCCUUUCUUAGCCAGCGCCGCCACAUGCGGAAACGCAACAACAGCAGCGGCGCCGGCGCCGGCGCUAGCCGCCUCCUCCUCCUCCUCCGUUUCCUCCCCCAUAUACGGCCUGGGAGAAUAUCGCCUUCACGGUUUGCUCCUCGCGCGCCAUUCCGCCUUCUUUGCGGCGGCCUUCGGCCAAGACCAUUUCGCCGACUCGGCUGCACGGCGCAUCCGAGUCACCUUAGACGCCGCCGCCACGCCCGCAUGGCCAGCUCUGGUCGAGUACUUCUACACAGACCGUGUACGAUUGGACGAUUCAAAUGCACUGCCGUUGCUGGCUUUGGCGCGUCAGCUGCUGGUUUCGGAGCUGGAUUCGUACUGUAUGGAUUACGUGUACGGCAGGCUGUGCGUGGCCAACUGCCUUGUGUAUAUGCGGGCGGCGGUGCGGUUUGCCUUCCAUGAUCUACAUGCUGAAUGUGUGGCCCUGGCGGCGCAGGGCUUCCCCCUGCUGUACGGCAGUGACCUUUCCGGGUUGCCGCCCGGCAGUUUGCUGGAGAUCCUCACGCACCCGGAGCUGCAGGUCCAUUGCGAGCUGCAGGUGGUUGAGGCGGUUACACGGUACCUCGCCACUACGGCGGUUAGUACGGAAUCUCAGCGGGCCUUAUGUUCUCAGAUCCGGUUUCCGUACUUGGACAACGCGACCAUCACGCGGCUUGCCGUACAGCCCGGCCUCGUCCUGGCUGCCAUGACUGGCGGACAGCAGCCCUCGCAGGACGUCUCAACGGCAGCGGGUACGACAACGGUGGCGACAACGGCGGCUGCCGUUGCGGACGCGCCGCCAACACGAUCUGAGCACUCAGUAGGCAUAGGGGACUUUGAAGCAUCAUCGGGGCCCGACGCGCCAACACCAAUUAUUUCGAUGUCGAUGCCGACGCCGACGCCGCCAGCUGACGCCGAGACGGGUCCCGGGAACCGCCGAGGUUUAGACGCCAGCGAGUCGAUGCCGAUGGCAGCUGCCGACGCCGUCGGCAGGCGCAGUAGCGACGGAGCGGCUGCUGGGAGCAGCUCCUCGGCAGUAGCCGUAGAAGGAGAUAUCGCCGCCGGGGAGGGUACGGCAGCAGAAGACGAGGUGUACGGCGACGGCGGCAGUGGACCCCUGGCGCCACAUGCUGCAGCCACCGACGGCGACAGCGGGGGCCUGCUUUCCGCCAGCUCCUCUGCGGCCUCAUCACCGAGGUCGUCCAGCUCUGGCGGCGGCGACGCCGCCGCCGCCGCUGAGGGACAUUCCUUGCCGUACAACACGUCACGAUCAGAUCCAAGUUCGUACAAUUGCCGCCAUGAACAGGAUCUGCGGCGGCAGCAGCAGCGGUGUGGAGCCGAUGGCCAAGCGGUGGCACCGCCGGCGGCGGUGCAGCAGCAAGAAGAGCAACAACAGCACCACCACCACCACCACCACCACCACCAUCAGCAGCAGCCUCUCCUGCCCCGGGAUUUGACCUUGGAGGGUGCGAUGGCUCGCUUAGCGGCCAUGGAAUAUCACAACUCGCUGCCCCAGAUUCAGAACCAGUUUCAGUACUACCCGUACGGAUCUGGUACGACAGCCGGCGGCACGCCGGCGACGGCAGCGAUCACCUCGGUCGCCGCCGCCACUGGCAGCGGCCGUCGACCGUUGGCGGUUUUCCGGAUGAGUGGAGAUCCGCAACAGCCGACGGCGGCGCCGCCGGGCGGCAGCGGAAGGCCGCAUCCGCAUGCCCUCGCUCACGGCCUGUACUACAGCCAUCCAGCCGGCGGCGGCGGCGGCGGCGGCGCCCAAAUGCCGCACCACCCGGCGCAUGUAGCGGCUUCUCGAGGGGCGACGUCUGCUCGCGGACCUGGUAACGGCAUUGGUGGCGUUGCGAAUCAGCUCGCGCCGGGCAGCGGCGGCGGCGGUGGCGGCGGCGGCGGCGGCGCUGCAGCGGGAGGGGUCACGCUGGAUGCGGCGGCGGCAUUUGCGGCAUUCUGUCUACCGCCGCCGCGGGCAUCGUACUGCUGCAACGUCGUACACGGCCUGCCAGGCGGCUGCGCGUGGGUGGAUGUGGCCCUGGAAGUGCUAUGGGAGCGCUUGGUGCCGUACAUUCAUGUACAGGUCUCUGGCUGUGUCGAAGGCAAUCCGCGUAACGUGAUUACCUCGGAUCCCGACUGCUUUUUCGAAACGAAUGACAGCUCGGAUCCCCUGCCUUGGGUGGAGGUGCACCUCCCACACAACGUCCACGUGCUGCAACUGCACAGGUACACUUUCCUUCACGGACAUCGGCGAGCCGGAUACUACAGAGCGCGAAAUUUCAAGACCCAGAUUGCCGUACGAACGGCCAACGACAUUCGCAGCCCGGCGGCGAGGUCAUCCUCUGCUGGCGGUGGCGGCGGAGCAGGAGUAGGAGCAGCGGGCGCAGCAAACCCCGCCGCCGCCGGUGCUGCCGGUGGCGGUCAACGGCCGGGUCAAGUCCAGGUUUUUUUUCAUGGUUCCGGAGCUGCAGGCCCCCAUGUGGGUGCGCCCCUGCCGCCGGCAAGUCGUUACGUGGACCUAACCACCAGGAUGGCUGACCAGUUUGAGGUGGGCGUCCUGGCGGGUGCGGCCUCCCCCCCCGGGCCCUGGCGGGUGAUGAGGCUGCAGGCCACGGGGCCGCAGGAGGACGGGGUGCACAGACUGUGUGUGCGGGGACUCAAGCAGCAGCAGCAGCUGCCGGCGGCGGCGGCGGCGGGGCCGGGUCUUCUAGCGGCGGCGGCGCUGCAGGGUACGGAUACGGCCCUGGCGGCGGCUCUGCCGGCAACGGCGGCGGCGGCGGCGGCGGCGUCCUUCACCCUUGGCUGGCCUGGAACCAAGCAUACUGAGGUGUUGUUCAGGGGCAUUUAG